GCCACAGUCUGUUGCCCCAGCAACGGUUUGUUGAUAACUAGUGCUCGGUAGUCUGAAUAGUUGGCUAAAUGAAACUUAAGCGGUUUCAUCUCAGAUAUUAUCCACCAGGUAAUACAAUGUGAUAUUUUGUCUUUAGUUUGAUGUUAUUUGUCGCGUUACUGAUGAACUGUUGUGUCUUUCUUCGACAGUAUUGUAGUUUCAAAUCACCUUGUCGUUUAGCUAAGAUGGAGUUGAUGCUAGCGUUGACGUUAUGCUCUAUUAGACGGUAUGAGUUGACUUUCUUUUUAAAACUUAUUUUCUUUCAGGUAUAAUCUUGGAGUAUGAGAAGAAAGGAUGUCUUAGGUCGAAAUCUAUCGACCUUUUUGAUCUGACACCGGCGUAAGUCAGUUUAAUCUUCUGCGGUAACAUAGGGGAGAGUGGGGUAAGUUGAGCCACCCCCCUGUUACUUGGAAAUGGUUAAAGAAAUUGAUCAUGUGACCAAAUAUUAAGGAGAUGGGCAUCAAUUCAUGGAGUCUGUGAAGGUUAGAAGCACAUGGGUGAAGAGGUUAGACAUUUAUUUACAAAAAAAACCCCAUUUUUUUCUCUUGAAAGUGAAUUUAUUCUGUCAUGCGUUUUAUUAGAAUAAUGUUCACACCAAAAAAGAUCAUUUUAAAUUUGUUUUAUACAUCAAUUGUUGUUUCUAUGAGCUACAACAUGAGGUCAAAAGGCCUUGAUGUAGAGAUCCGAAAUAUGAAAAAUGGCUCAUCUUACCCCACCCUCCCCUACAUGAAGAUUGAGGGUGAACAGCAGCCCAUGUAACAGGAACUGCACCAAGUAUAUUUUUUGUGUUCUUAAUCCUUUGCAUGUUGUUGAAAACUGCAAAUUUCUCACACAUAGAACAAAUCCAGAUGAGCUGGUGGCAGUGAUCAGGCAAUCAGAGCCUCUCAUCACGGAGUCCAGGGCAAACCAGGUCAAACAGCUGAUCCUCCGACUUCAGCAAAAACAAGGCCAGAAGAACCACAGGUUCUGUUUCAUCAAAGUAAGACACUGAACUCAUAAAUAUGCUACUAGAUUUAAUUGACUCACAAAUAAUCACAGUGACAUGACCACUCAAUUCAGUUGGAUGAAUAAAUGAAAACAUCAAUUUAUUUAUUUUCUGCCACAUAGAUUGCUUUCUAGGGUUUAAGUAGAAGCUGUUGUAGAUUGCAUUAGUGUUGAAAAUAUUUCUAAUCAGCCUAUAGACUGUUACAUCAGUUCAAGAACUUGGCUUCUUCAUCAUCAGGUUCAGGGGGAAGAAUAAGCACAGAGUGUCUGAGAGGUGAAAAUAGUUAGUGCCACAGAGAGGCACUAGAGAGCAGUAGUGGUUGGGUUAUGAAGACAAGGACUUAGAAAUAAUAUAGGUAGCAUGUCAACAAAUGUUAUAACUUGAUAACAGCACAGAUGUCUUAGUGUGUAAAUAGUUGGUUAUGUCCCUAGAAGUAAGAGGACACUCAUGUUUUCUAUUUUGUCCAAAACUGGUGAGAGAAUGCAGUUUAUGUAAGAAGAGAAAAUGCUUCCCUACUUAUAAGAUGGGGGUAUAAAGUGGUACCAAAUAGACUGUCUAAAAAUGAAGUAAAUUGGUAUAUUUUACUUUAUUUUUUCAUGUAUUUGUUGUCUUUCUUGUUCUUUUGCAGGAGCUUAAAGCUCAUGUCCUUCCACUCACAAAUGUUGCCUUUGACAAAUCAGGCUCAAGGUGGGUUACCUAAGAGUUCAGCAAUUUGGAAUUCAGGAAAAGUUUGGUGUUUUUCCUUGUUUUGUUUUUUUUUUGUUAUUUACUGUUCUUGCUAACAUUUUGCAGAUUUUUGACUGGAAGCUAUGACAGGACAUGUCGAGUUUGGGACACAGCCUCAGGCACAGAGCUGCACCGGCUAGAGGGCCACAGUAAUGUGGUGUAUGCAAUUGCAUUCAACAAUCCCUAUGGGUAAUGGACUGGUACAGUACAAGUAGGAUUGCAUCUUAAAGGCAGAUCUAUUUUAUCAUCAGAUUUACAUUUUCUUUUCUGUGCUUGAUUCACAUUUAGAGACAAAGUCGCCACUGGCUCCUUUGACAAGACCUGCAAAUUGUGGUCUGCUGAGACAGGCGUAUGUUUUCAUACCUUCUGUGGACACACGGCCGAAAUAGUACGUAUGAUAGCCUUAGUUAAGUAAAAUUAUUUUAGUCUCUGUUUAAGUUAAGUAAAUUGUUUCACCAAAUUCUAUAGAUUUAUAUGCACUGACACCAAUACACUAAUGUGCACAUUAUCUUGCCUUCUCUAUCUUCUGUUGAACCCAAGGCCAGUUGAGCAUUUAAGUUGAUUAAUUUAUCACAUUUUCUUUGGUAAUAUGUUUAGUGCUAUUACUUAAUCUCAUUGGAAAAUUUGAAAACUUUUGUUUUGUGUAGGUGUGCCUGGCAUUCAACCCCCAGAGCACACUGGUGGCCACAGGCAGCAUGGAUUGUACUGCCAAGCUGUGGGAUGUCGAGACUGGAGAAGAAGUGGCAGCUCUGAUUGUGAGUUGUUUUUUCUUUGCUUAUAAUAUAUUCUAAAACUUUUCCUGCAUUAAUCUUUUAUUUAAUUCGGACUCACAUUCACUCAUUAACAAUGCAUUGAUUACCCUUUUUUUAAUGAACUCUAAAAGUGAUUAUUCCUUAGUUAAGGGCUGUUACUCUUGCUGACAACCAGCACUUUUUUGCCUAAUAAGACACAGAUUUUCCAUUUUAAGGGGAUUGGUGUCUCUCUUUGACUGAAAGUGUGCCUGUGAUGUGACAGGCUGGUUCCCUUGCUGAGUUUUUGAUAUGAAUUUUUAACCACAUAGGAUCAUAGAGAAAAAUGGAAAAGGAGUUUGGAAGAGAAAAGACAUGAGAUUGAAGUAUGAUGACUCUUGUUUUGUGGUUUCCUUUUCAGGGUCACACAGGAGAGGUCAUUGCUCUUUGCUUUAACACAGUGGGAAGUCAACUCGUAACUGGUUCCUUUGACCACUCCGUCUCUGUGUGGGAUGUUGCUUCAGGAGAGUAAGACAUCAUUAUUGUUGUGAUUAUGUGUCCUUGUCUUGUACUCUUUAUACUGUACAGUGCAUACAUGACAACAAAAGUGCACAGCUGCAUCAUUGCUGCGUUUGUCUGUUGAUUCCCAGGCGUGUCCACACCCUGAUUGGACACAGGGGGGAAAUCACCAAUGUUCAGUUCAACUGGGAUUGCUCCCUCAUUGUCACAGGCUCCAUGGAUACAACCUGCAAGGUGAAUUUUUAUCUGCAAAAAUCUAAAUCUUUCAGUAGUUGCCUGUGAGAUGCAAGUGCCGUUAUUUUACUCAAUAUCUUUUUUUCUUUUUUUUCACCCCCUGGCAAUUUCCUUCGAUUAGCCUGGUGAAUGAUUGCAAUGGCGCUUGUCACUCAUAUUCUCCAUUUUCCAUUUCCUCACUCUUCAUUGCUCUCCAGUGUCUGUCUCUAAGGUCUCCAUCUUCUCAAGUAGAAAAAUUAUCUCCUUAAUUAUGCCAAGAUGAGUCAUGCUCACCAGUAAGAAUUAAUGUCUUCGCUGCAUUCCUUGAGGGGAGAUGUUUGAAGCUGUACAAGACAGCUAUAUCAGCCUAAUGCAAACAUCCCUCAUGAGACUGAUUAUGUGUUUGAUUGUACAUAUGCAUGUCCUGUUUUUGCCGAUUUGUUCCCAGCCUGUGUUUACGUCUUUCAUUGUCAGUGUUUUGUGCAUUUAUUCCAGCUGUGGGAGGUUGUCAGCGGGGAGUGUGUUGCUACUCUCGCUGAACACAAAGAAGAGGUGCUAGAUGUGUGCUUCGAUUUAAGUGGCCAACUUAUCGCUACUGCCUCUGCCGAUGGUAAGACUACUACUAAUUAAGUUCAUGCUUGUAUAUGCUAGUAUCCAAAGUACACCACCGACAGCUUGUCCUGCUUGUCCCUGUUUCUGAAAGGUACCGCCCGGGUGUUCAGUGCAACCACACAUCAGUGUCUCGUGACCCUAGAAGGCCAUGGUGGAGAGAUAUCUAAAGUAAGUCAUGAGGCUGUAUUGUAUGUACUAUAUUUAAUAACCAUGCUUUAUUUAAUGAUGAAUGAAUCUAUCCUCUUGGCUGUAUGGAAUAAACAGUGUAGCUUCAUUUUUUUGCCCAAUGUGAGAUAUUAAGUCAAAAGACCACCUUGAUAGGUGCUGUCAUAAUGUGCUAAGCCAAGACAUGCACAGAAGCUGCCGUAGCCAUAUAGGACUGAGGUCACACCUAUUCCGCCAGCCAAGCAAAAGAUGCAUUAAUCUCACAGACAAAUUGUUGAAGAUCAUUCAGGUUGGUAAGCUCCGCUGUGGAAUAGACACUUUGGUAACCCUCUCUUUUACGGUACACUCAUUACCAGGUAAUUAACAGGUAAAUUACCUAGUAACAACAUGAAAUUAUCUGGUAACAACAUAAAAUUAUCUGGUAAUUACAUGAUACCUACUAAGUCAAUACUGUCUAGUAUUUCUUUUUUCCAUACAGCUCCAUUUUCAAAAGCUAUUUGGGCUUCUUAUUUUCUACGGUUGACGCUUCAAAUUUGUAUGAUGAUGGAAGGUUACCUACCUGGUAGCUAGACAGUAUUGACUUAGUAGUUAUCAUGUAAUUACCAGAUAAUUUCAUGUUGUUACUAGGUAAUUACCCGUUAAUUACCUGCUAAUAACUGUACCGUAAAAGAAAGGGUUACCGACACUUUUAGUAGGGGAAAAGUGACCCUUGAGCACUCCACUUAUGGCACCAUUUUAAUAUAAAGUCUAUGAUCCAAACAGUUACAUAAAAAAAUCAGCAGUUUCUUUUAAGUAUUUAAACAAAUAAAUACUAUUUGAAAGUAAGUUGUUCAGUUCUUCUCAAAGCUGAUAAUAUAUAUUGAUGUGAUGACGAUAUUCAAGAGGGAAUUUGUGAAUCAACAUCCUUUUAUGUCAUCGGAGAGCAAAAGCCUGUUCAUUUAUGUGAGCUAGCUUUUGUGCAAGCUUGAGAUUUUGUCCAGAAUCAUCCCUCAGUCUUUUGCUUAAGCUAUGGUUCUUUUUUCCACUUCUGAAAGUAGGUUGUUUCCUCUACGUUGACUGUUUACAGGAGAUAAAGUGGCUUCUAAGGAGGAGGAACAGUGUUGAGGCUUCAGGCUGUGUAUGCUAACUGUGUCACAUGGUAAAGCUCGGCAAGUAGGACAAAACAACUGCAGUGUUGCAUCUGUUGAUCAGAUUAACUGAAUCUCAAGGUCUCAAACCAGAAAGCCAGAGGUCAAACCUAAACUUAAUCUAUGAGUUUUCGAACUAAGAGUAGGAAGUGUUGCCCAAACAUGCCAUCACAUAAGAUCACACUUCCUCAAAACUUAAACCAAGCAUGGCAGUGUCUGACUUUUUUGGCAAAAGGUGUGUUUUGGUUUACCCCGCACUUACUUAUGCUUUAGAGGAAACUAUCUCAUUUGACCAUUUACCGUACUCUAGGAGCUCUAGGUGUUUCAUAGCUCAGAGUAUCAAGUGUUCUCAGGUCUGUGAAAUGACCCCUGCGUUAUGAGACUAGGCAGUAAUCAAUGAGCUGGAUGGAGGAUAAUUCCAGGAGAUUAUGACACAAAUCUCUCUCCUAACACUACACCUCCUCUUCUCCCCCAUGUUUCUUAACCGCGAAUAAGCUAUUUUUCUUUUUAAUAAUUGGUGUCUCUACUCUAUGUCCUUUAAUUUCACUUAUUAGGUUGUACUUUGCUCAGUCUUUGUAAAAGAUUGGUUUUGGUUCUAGUAUUGUUACUUUAGGAUUGAACCCAGAUAUUUAAAGAAAUCAAAGUUGACCGUCCAAAAGUUUUUUAUAUGACUUGAAUCUUUAUAAAUAUACAGUAAUUGGAGAGGGCACACUGCGAUGCCAUGAGACAGAACACUGAACUGCUUUACAUCUCCAUUACCCACAUAAUAGCCAUGUUCAUCCAUCCAUUUCCUGGACCUUUUAAGUAUUGUUUUACUUCUAAUAUAUUAACUCUUGUACUACUUAAGUGCUAAACUUCUAUUUUGGAAAUGAGGUUAGAGUUUGUCUAUAAAGAUAGACUGGGUUACAGAUUUAGUCUGGUUUAAAUUCAUGUAUUUCUUUAAUUCUAUUUUUGUACCUGUCAUUGCAUUCACUGUAAUUUUCUUCCUUUUGUCUCUAUGAACAUCUUCAAACUGUUUCCAUUUCCUGUCUAGGUCUGCCCCUUAGUGCUAAAUUUAGUUUUAAUAAAAACACACUUUAAUUUUAUGGCCCUCUGGAGCCAGCUUCGUUUUCAUGAUCUCUUUCUUUUCUUCACUACAGAAAUACAUGACCAGUCAGGGGAUUAUUAACUAGGGACCUAUCACAAUCAGAUUUAGCCAUGACUUCCACAGUAUCCUCCUGGAAAAGCUCUUCAUUAAGUAGUUCCACUGGUGUUUUUAUUCUCCUUAAGCACUAAGUUGAAUGGCCUCUGUGGAAUAACACUGCUGAUGUGGUGAAAUUGUUCUGAACUCGUUCAUUUUACCCUCAUCAUUUCAACCACUUCUAGGAUAAUCUCUUAUUCAGCACUCUCUCUUACUCAUACCAUUGCUCCAAAAGCACACAGACACACACACAGGCAAACACACAUCUUUGAAUUAGACCAUUUAUCCUGACUCGGCUUCUCUUGGUAGAUCUGUUUCAACCCUCAGGGCAGCAGGAUUCUGACUGCCAGCUCAGACAAGACAGCUCGUCUGUGGGAUGUUCAGUCUGGCAGCUGCCUACAAGUCCUGGACGGGCACACAGACGAAAUCUUUUCCUGCGCCUUCAACUAUGAGGGUGAUACUAUCAUUACAGGUACACAAUGCACCCCUGACACCCACGUAAAAUAUCCGACAACCACAGUGUGAAAAUGUGGCCUUAAGCAGUGAUUAAAUUGCUCCUCUCUGGCCAUCAUAAUCAUAAAUUCUUGAUUGCACAUUUCAGAUGAAAGUAUGCAGCUGUGUCCUUCUGUUUAACCACCUGUUCUUGUUUAUGCUCUCCUGCAGGAAGCAAGGAUAACACAUGCCGGAUCUGGUACUAAUCCUUCCCUUGACCUCUUAGAGGCAGACGGGGAAAUACCUGGACAAAGUGUUAGAUGAUAAGGAUGAUGGAUGACGGCUGGUCAAAUUGCAUCUGUUGUUAUCUGUGGGAGAGAAAUAUGCCGUAGAAUACAAUGUGGAUGUGUACAGAUAAGCUGCCAAACAAUGUUAUCUCUAUACUGAGUGCUAUGAAUAUUACAGACUGAUUGUGUUUCACAUCACAGAAAUUUAUUUAUGUCAAAAGAUAAAUACAUUCAGGUCUACCGUGACAGUUUACAGCUGAAUUGUGUGCUUUUUUUCCCCCCUCGAUGCUGAUGUAACACAGGAGUACCACCACUAAGUAGAGAAAAAAACAGACCAAAUUCACAUACAAAUUCAACAUUACAAACCUUACUCUGUCUCCCCGACACAGUAAAAGCUAAAGAGAGCAGUCCACUACUCCAAGGUGCAGCAGUUCCAAAUCUACAGUAUAUACAGUACAGCUAUCCAAAAUAAUCAGUUCUCGAGUAACAGUAACAUUAACAAGAUAACUCACUUACUUAGAACCCAUUUUCAAGGUCACAACAGAGGUGGGAUGUUGGCUAAUGAGGACAACCAGGAAAAAUGAACAUUUUGCUUAUUUUCAGCAAAUGUACACUACAAAGUGGCUAUCAUAAUUAAAAGAGCGUUUCUGGGCUUACUUAUCUUCACUCAGCCUCUUUUACAAGGUCAUUUUGAUAGAAAAGGUUCAAGCAUGUUAAGUUAGUUUGAGAAUUUAACCUGAUUAUCCUAUUUUCUGUAGGUUCUUUGCUUCAUGUGUGUUCAUCUGGAAUACUUAAAUAAAUAAAUUAACAAAUAAAUAAAUACAGAAGCAUAAUUUGGUAGUGUGAAUCUGUAAAUAUAUAUCUAUUUUAUAUAUUAUCUGUAGCAGUUAAAACCUGCUGUCUAUAAUCUCUUUAAGGCUAGUUCAUUCCUUCCAGGAAUGUCCAACCAAAACACCUUGUUAGCUCGGUGCUUGUGUGUGUGUCACAAGAGAAGUGAAUCCAACAACAAAACAUGCUGUUAUUAAAGGGAAACUCGUCCAUUUAUGGUCGUGAACAGAAAACACACAACUUCCAUGGACACAUCGAGGUGUAUGGGUAUCUCAAGUAUGCUGAUUGUGUCAGGCUUUCACCUCGCUGUUGAAGACACUCAGUAUGACGAGACAGGACAGAGUAAAAGGUGAGAAACACUUCAGUAGUGUGAGUGAAUGCGUGAGCGUGUGUGUUUUCAUUUGCAGUAUACAGAAGCUAGUCCAUCCUACAGGGUUUCCAAAAGCCAGUCAAACAGGCUGGAUAGAGACUGGCCCUCCUCUUCCUCUUUCUUGUGUUGCUUACAGAACUGGACCACAGCCCCAAACAAGUCUGCAAUCCGCCAUGACUUCUGAGACAUCAGAUGCACCACCCUCUGAAACUGAACGAAGACACAGUAUCACAAUAAACAAUGAAUACAGGAGCACUGAUUUAAGCACUUUGGGGAAAUAAGAGAGUAUUUAUCAAUAUAGUAUAUUUUUUUUAAUCUAAAUAAUGAUCAGAAAAGAAGAAUUCAGCUUCAAAAAAGACUGGAUCAAGAUUGUAUCUCUUGGGCAUUCAUAGGGAGACACAGGAAGUGUAGUGUUCUCUAAGAGGCAUCCAUCUGUGCUCACCUUUGCAACCCUUUUUUCUCUGGAUUUUCUGAAGUAGAGCCCUGGUAGGCCCAGCUCCGAGGCAGCAAUCCACUGAAGAGCCACCCUUAGCUCUGAGUCCACACACUCAGGCUCCAGGUCACAGUUUACCACCAA